AGGACUACUUGGCCCUCCUCCCCAAGAGGGAGGCGUUGUAAGUACUUGUAUGUGUACUUUUCGCCUGUGUGGUGUGUUUUCGCACCAAGUGUGAUUUCUGACAAUUUUUGGGAUGCUGAACGAAUCGCAUGAGGCUCUAGCAGUUUUCGAUAAUAAGGAUGAAACCCUAGUACGAAGUGUCUUAGUAUCUCGUGUCUUUUUUUUUCUCAUUUAGGAUGCUUGGGUUGACCCCAACUUAACCUAUCGAUCCUGAGGAGGUAUUACUGUUUCCUCGUCUAUCUGAUAGACUGACACUAUUGCUCACUAGCUUAGGCGUGACUUUUUCCGUUGUAAGUAAUCACUUAAGUGUCACUUCCUUUAUCUUUAACCACUACUAACUUAUAGCCUUGGUAACUCUGCAAAGACUACGUGGUAGGGCCGAUGGACCCUUCUCUUUUUUGAGUGCAGAGCGUCGAUAGGUUUAUUUUGACACCCUCGUGGUUAUUUAGUCUCAGAUCCUUUUAGUAUCAUGGCAUUUCUUGGUCUUCUAAGAUCUACACGCUUAUUCUGGCAUACGAUAUAUCGAGUUGCACAAGUUUCAUUUAAAUCGUUUCUUCUGGUGUACUAUCAUAAUCAUACAUAUAUGGAGUCUUUGUUUGUGCUCAUAGUAUGAAAAUGUGAAUGAUCGCCCCAAACAAAUCUAGUACCACGUUUCGUUUUCCAGUUUCUCGUUCCACUAUUCUUAUACUCAUCGUGGCAAAAUCGAUGCUGCAAGAGCUCGUCCUCGUGCUAAUGAUAGUAAAGAACAAUGCAAAGAAAGGCGUAUGACUUCUACUAGUAGUCAACAUUCGAAAAAGUAAGAGUAACUGAUUAAUGCAGUACAACAAGCUUACCGAUUUAUUCUAGACCGACAACCAAGCAGGAGAAAAAUGCCGGAGCAGAUUGGUUUUUCUCAGGCCUCGAGCUCUCUUCGGAGAGGCGUUCUUGGCGGUAGCCCGGGUCAUCUUGGGCUCGGCAGUACCUCAGAUGCCGGGUUUUCCUCCGACAAUUGCGGCCUCAACUUAGAUAAGCCUGCGACAGCCUGGAUCUACGAUAACGACAGCGUUGGGGAUUUCAUGUCUCCUCGGUCAUUGCAUGACGUGAAAAUAGACCACUUAGACCACGUGCCUUCUGUAGAUGUAGUAGUACCUGCUUCUGAAGGUAAUGACGAUAGCAUUCUAGUCAAAAAUGAUAAAAAUAAUACGACAACAAGGACAAGCACUUGUACGAAGACAGGGACCAGCAAUGCCUCGAUCCAUACCUCGAUCCAUACAAUCGAUCAUACCUCGAUCCUAGGUUCAGACUGUAAUGCGGAACAAAUACAAAGCGUCAUUCCACCAGAACCGCUUCCCGAAAGCAUAGAAGUUGUACCUAGUAUCAGUAUAGUCCCUAGUAUCUUCCGUCCUAGUACUAGUAUUCCAGCAAUUAGUACAGCAAAGGAAACAUCGCCCACCGUAGCUAAGAAGAAGAAAAAGAAGAGGAAGGACUCAGCGGAGAAAGCUGAUUCCGGUGUAGCGACGGGCGCUGAUGAUACAGACCGCGAAAUGCGAAGAGCCUAUUACUUUUGUCGCGACCGCUUACUGGAACACAGUGGAUACGACAUUUAUCUAUCCCGGGAUGGAUCGCAGAACGAGAUGAGCAGUGACUGCGCUCGUACGAUGUCAGCCUCAGCCUCAGAGAUGAGGCAUGGCGAUGCGGUAUGGAGGAAGCAACUUAGCCGUCUUGCGCAAAGAGCUCAACUUAAGGCUCCAGAGGUUCUUCCACAUCAAUGAGUAUAGAUGAUUUUUUCUAAAAUAUCAACAGUAUACAUUUAUAAGUUUAUGUUUUUUAAGUAGUUCACUAGCGGGAGCAUCUUGACAUGAAACACGAGAUUUUCGUCUAAUGCACUGAGUAGUACGGAGUAUGACGCGGCAACACAGGAGUCCUCGACGCAGCAACACAGUUGUCAUUUAUCAAGAACUUCCUCUGCGUCUGCAAGUCACGACAAAACCAACUUUAUUCACGGGGAUCAUUUACAACAUGAUGAAAGCGGCGGCUCAACCCACAGUGGUGGUACACGCCGGCGCAUCACCGGCUCAUGCGAGUUUGGAGGCAGUAGUUGCUCCACAUCGCUGCCGUCGCCGCCAUCGGCAAGUGUCGGUGCUGAAGGAGCAUCAUGUGGGAACAAGAAGAAGAAUGCUUUUUCUGUUGCGAAGAAUAGUCUCGUUCUUGAUGAGACCGCAUCCAAAAAUAAUGAAACAACGACUAUGUUGAUACACCGGCGCGCAAGUAUUGAGAAUCCUACUUCUAUCAAAGCAACCUCCGUAGAGCAGCCGACUCCUUACCCGCAACGCAUUUGCGAUCGGAUCGACGAAGAGCCUCGGAUAGGAACGACCUGCAGCACAACAGAACUGACACAUCCACCACGCGAUAAUCACCACACGAUAAUCCCCUCUUCUAGUAGUAGUGGUGGUUUUCGGUCGUAUCGCAGUGCGGUGAUCCCACCGGCUCCAGGAUAUUUGUCUUGUAGAAGCGAAACAGAUGGAGAUGAUUGGAAGCGCCGACGUCGAAGAAAAAUAGGUGCACGUAGUGGCUACUGCGCAGACAACGAUAUAUCGCGCUUACACUCGACGCAGAGGAGACGACCUUCAGACGAUGCUCUUGGAAAGAACACCUGGAUGGAAAAGCGAAGACAACGAGAGGAAGGGCAGAGAGAACUCUUGGAGCAUCCGGAUGAUGAAGGAGGAGCAGAAGGACUUAGACUUAGCAGUGGUCAUGCACCUGAAGACUGUCAUACAAAGAUGAAGCACCGUGAUCUGCGAGCAGGGGUUGUUGCUGAUUGGACUACUUCUUCACUUACCGCACCAUGCCUACCACCAGCAGCAUCCGACGAUACGGCGAAUCCUGAGAACCUCGAAGAGACUACUCCUUUAUUAGACGAAGCACCAACUAGAGGAAUGCCACCACCUCCCGUAUUUUCAUCUGAUGGUGGUUUCAUGUCGACUGGAUGUGCUUCAGGGGGUGAAACAACUUGUGAAACUGCUUGGAACUCUGCGCUUAGUAGUGCAGAAAGCAAGCCAGGCCUUUAUUGGCAAGCGGGUGUGUCUUCACGAAAAUUCGCACCCUCGUCUUCGUCAGAAGCGUCAAUCAGCGAUGGUCAGCUCUCUGGCGGGACACAUGAGACGGGCUCGAGUCGCGGAAGCCAAAAAGGAACACGCGGACUAGUGCCAAGAUUGUACUAGGAUUUAUUUUUGAAAAGAUUUUGACUGUGAAGUUAGCACUGCGGAACUCGUAUAAGAAGGCCAAAUCAUUUUUUUCGACAUGGAUUACUAUUCCACGCGCACAGCGCGUAUCGAAUACCUGGUAGUAGGUCUCAAAUCCAAAAAAAAACAGGUCUGCUGCCCCAGUGCCUGGCUUGUCGCAUAGUCCCAUGUUGAGCCAUCGAUUUAAGCUGCCAAGUCGUAGGAAGCGACAGAAAGUAGCCGGAGUUGACACUUCCACCGGAACGGUAUUUCCUGGAGCUCAAGAACAGCAUGGAGACCACGCUGAAACAACUAUCAUAGACGAUGAACGAGCUUUCACAGGAUCAAAAAUGUUACCAUUAGAAUGUUCUACAUCUCUCGUGUCGCAUAGUGCUGUGAGCGGGAAAAAGAGGUCGCUCACCGUGACUCGGAGUCAAGAGGCAGCUGCCAGUCUCGAGCGGUUGAAUUUGGUACCACAUGCAGCAUUGACACGGACGAAAAACCUCAAGAACUUUUCCAAAGCGACCUCGUCUGGAUCGGGGAAGAUCAACAGUACUACUAGAAAAAGUAGUACAACUACAAGAACUUCUAGGCGUCUACUACGACCACUAGAUGAUGGGGAUGCUCAUGAGCAGGAAGACAGUGGCGCUGAGGCCGAUGUAGAAGACCUGAAAGGGACGAAGACCGUUUGUGCGUCUUGGCGAUCCUUUUCGAGAACCCAAAAAACUGUAGUUAUCAGCGUCGUUGCCUUAGCCAUUUGCGUCUUUACAGCUGUCGCCGUACUCGCGAUACGCUCCUUUGCACCGAUCUUCAUGAGAGGUUCUCCUGGCAGUCAUAUUACUCCUCUAUCUUCUUCUUCGCUCCAGGCGCAGGGUCAGUUAGUACCAGGGCCAGUUACCGGUGAAGGACCGCUGACCCCAACCUCCGCAACUUCCGGUUUACAACAUCAAAAUCCGAACAUCACUAGUACACCCGGUGCUACUUCUGGAGUUCUUUCCAGUACUGGAGGUUCUGCCACUACUAGAGUUUCUGUGCUACAAGAUCAGCAUCUAGCUUUGGGGAGUGGUCGUCCGACCGCAUCAGCAGCAACCUCAGCAGCUUUGCUGCCUACUAUGUUGACUAUCAACUACGCUAGUACUAGUACAAGAGCAAAGAGCACUCUGACCUUAAACGAACUGACGCCCUUCCGGAAUUUCAAGAUACAUUUGGAGACGCACAUUUGCGCAGUGCCAGAGGUCUGCAGAGCAUGGAGAGACGAAGCUCUUACUUCGCACCCCUCGGUGUUCCAGGUAUUUCCAUUUGAGUUUACAUGAGUAGAGGUAGUCUUUUUCACGGUAUCAUAGGUAGAUACACAGGCUCGAUUUAAUGUUUGCACGCCCAAGUAGAAAUAACGUGUUUCUCCUUGAAAAAAAUCCAGGUAACAUCUCAAGGCUUCAUCAAAGCCGAAUUUGAAAAAAAUCCAGGUGACAUCUCAAGGCUUCAUCAAAGCCGAAUUCGAGCGGUUCCGUAGUGAAAAAGGCGACUCUCAGGUCGUUGAUCUAGAGCAGUUGCGAAAGCUGGAUUUGCAAGUGAAGCCUGCAGGGAUUCAGCACCGGUUCUUCGACGUGGGACGCAGAUUUGAGACGCCUCGGUUCAAUCUACGAAACAGUGAGCAUUUUACGGAUGACCACGAAGGGCCAAACUCAUGGUACAGGAACGCGGAUAUCAUGUUUCGCGCUACAGUAAGGUUUCUAAAGGCAAACAAACAUGCACUGAUGAAACAGCUAGAGACCACUAGGAGGGGAGAUAGCGGAGGAGAGCAGAAAAGUAGUAAGAAAAAGGGAGCAUCAUCGAGGCAAAUGUUAACUGGUGGGGGAAGUGGAGGAAGGCAACACGAAGGGUCGUCGAUUGUUGACGAAGGAGGAGCGCUAGCACCUUCUCCACCCGGCCGUGGUGCUCUAAGAAUAUCGUCGACCACAGCGACAUCAUUCCUUCAGCCAGCACCCACUGCGACAUCAUCUUCGUCACAGGCAAUUGUCGUGCCACAAGAUGAAUCUUCUGGCUCCUCUUCACUAGCUGUGGUACAAGAGCCUACUCCUCCUCUAAGGUCGUACAAGCGGGUGCUUCUAGCUGGCUGCAUUCCAGUCCGUUUCGACAAGGACGGUCGGAUUAUGAUCGCUUUUAUCAAGGCCAAGCAUUCGCAUGCUCCAGAACUUCCUAAAGGUAAGGUGCAAGACAGCGUCAUAAAGAAGCUCUUACACGCAGAAAAUUUACAUUUCGAUGAUUUUGCCUUGGAUUUGCCUAAGCACGUCGAAGCGCCAUCCGAUUCUGAGCAUGUGUUGAAACAGCCAGAAGGGAGAUCCACUCUUGAAGCUGGCAAACAGCAAGAAGGAGCUGCCGCUGUUGUUGCGCAGAUUUCCUCUACUGAAACUGCCGUUCCCGCGGACGAAAAUCAGCCUGCAGUUGCCGUGGCAGCGGACGAAGCCCGUCAACAAGGAAACAAAAACGCUUUCCUCGGAUUCAGUACAGCAGCCUUGUCUGAGGAACAGCUUGUGAAGCAGUCCUCUGAACAGGCUUCAAGCAGUAGGGAUAAACGAUACCUCUCAACAAGUCAGCCGACCACAGACGAAUCAGCAUCAGCGGAGCAAGUAGAGGAAGAAAUGGGGGUUGGAGGUGGUGUUGGGAUUGGAGCUAGUAACUAUGGAACUGGUACUCCAGAAGAUCCACGACAGCUUGGGUCUACUUCAAACGCAGGACCAGACUCCCCAACAGCACACCAGUCUGCCAUGCGGACUUACCGGGACCUGCAGUGGUUACUAGGAGAAGCACAACGAGAACUUGCUGAGGAAACUGGCCUUCGCUAUGAUCAAGUGUUCGAUUACACCAUCCCGAGGCCAGCGCCUGAAACAGUGAUUGAGUUACAGGAUGAAAAGCAAUACUAUGGAAAUAUCGUAGGAGGACCUGGCCGGGACGAUAUCGACCACGCCACUUUGGUGGACACUUUGGUGGACUCAGUCCCCUCUAGUACAGAACAAGGAGAGCAACGUCUUAGAGUAGAAGAUCAGGAGACGGCCUCUUCUUCGAACCGUCAACAACAGUCUGGUCCAAGACGGAUAAUGAGUUCCCCAGAAGUACUUGUGUCUCCUACUGCUGCCACUCUUGUUCCUGCUGCCUUUCAGAGUCCUGCCUCUGCAUCAAAGAUAGAACCGAUAGUGAAGCGAAGCAUCUUCUUCGCAAUUGAGGUGAUUGCAGACCAUAAGGAGAACUGGUAUAAUUUUGAUUCAAGUAGAAGAGGGAGUCUACUUUAUUAGGGUUUACGGGUUCCCACAUGUGAAAGAACAACAAAAAUUUUAAGUACAUUUACUCUACGUCGUUCAAUCUCGAAUCUCCACAGGUCAAACACAGAUCUGGGUAACGGUUUCUACAGAGAUCUAAAAGCAACGCUAGAGAAUCCGCGAGAACUCGGCGGCGUCUUCCGUAUGGAAAAACAGUUACAAGACGCUGAAAAAGCUGGCGAUGUGGUACUAUUACAACUAUUUAAGCAUAGUACCAUUACAAGAUGCUGAAAGGUGUGCUGGUGCUGACGGGGAACCUUGUGACGAUAUUUUGUUCCAGAUUCAGGUUGAAGUACUUCUUCAAAGAUCCUCUGGACUCCCGUACUUAUGAUACCUACAACCGGAACAUUGAAACAGAAUCAACAAACCUACACGACCCCCCCAAUCAGGAUCCUGCCGCGCUCCAGCAGCUUCGCAACGCCAUAGGCGAUGAGUGGCGCAAGAUUGGACAUCUGUAUCGCAGAGAGAUAGGAUGGAUUGACUUGGACAAACUUCCCGAAUUACUCACAGACCUUGCUGACCUGGGUGCUACGUCUGCCACCGGUCGUAGAGAGAGAAGCGUCCAUAAUUCUUCGCCAAGAAAUGUCCUCGCGAUUAUUCAGUUGUUGUUAAGGCUGAGAUGAACCUAUGUUUUACUUGGUGUUAGUUAGCAGCAGUUGUAUCUGCAGUUCCUUAUGCAUUUAGCUCUGGAUGUUGCUAGCAGCACAUGACUAGAAAUGAAUGCUUUCUAACCGAAUUUUUAGGACUGGGAUCGACCAGAAUGUUGUUUUUUUCUAUUCAACUAAUGCUGUAUGAACCGAUGGAAAGUGUUAUACACUAACCAAUAGAUGAUGAAACUAAGCAAUAAAAACUAUUCUUGGUAGAAGAAGUUCGAUACAGAAUUAGAAUUGUACAUUCAGACUAAUUUAUUUCCACCACCACCUCUAAGACAACCGUGGCUGCGACGUCGCUUUGGACAGAGGAACCAGUCAUCUGCCGUCUGGCAAGAAACACCCCGCUUGGAGGAACGGCUUAAAGCUGUGUACGCGAAGCUAGUCGAACUGGACGAUGUCGAGAAACGCAGAACUUCUACACUGGCAGAGUAGGUUACGUUCUUGGCAUCAUGUUGUAGAAGUACACUGGCAAAGUAGGUUACGUUCUUGGUGAUCAUGUGUAGAUUUUUUAGUAAACUCCAAAUGUAAUAUGCCGGAGAUGAUAUUUACAUCAGUAGUUUUUACAGAGCACUAUGCAUCUAAGAAUCAUUGACGGCGAAGAUAGACGAUGUUGUAAGAAUACUAUUCAGAACAGCGAAUGGUGAGCAAGGCAAAGGCUGAAAAUUGUGGAUCUAUGAGUUUGAGUUGGUUCCUUAUAGUUUACUUGCAUUAUAUUUUCAGGUUACUUAUACUACUAGAAGUAUUGCAAUUGCGCUGCGUGCCUGAUGCAGCUGAUCACUCAUUGUCUCAUGUCAAAGCAAAUUGUAAUGAAUGAUGGAUGUAGCUCAGUUUUUUAGUUAGGGUCAGCGCCGCCGGCGUCUGGUAGCUACAAUAGGAGGACGAGGAUGUGAAGACGAGGUUGCAAGGGCAGUCUUUUUAGAUGAGUCAGUGAUGAAUGUGACGCUUGUUACUCUUAAGAUCAUUUUGCGGCAUUUACAUUGAUUUUCUCUAUUUAAGUCUGUGUCUGGGCUUGACCUUCCUCUACUAGAAGCCUUAUAUAAUACCUACAUCGUUUCAUUGGGUAAUAAAAGUUUGAUCACAGACAAGACUGUAGACUCGGUCUUUGUGGUAUAAGCAAAUAUUAGACUGGCCGUUGAAUACGCAUCAUACUCAGACACGUUACGCCUUCAUGAACGAUGCAGCAUACUUAGAAUUGAUUGAUUGAUUGAUUGAUUGAUUGAUGGAUGAUCUUUUGUGGGCUAGGUCAGCGGGAACACAGUCGUGCUCGCACAGUCCAGAGUUGGCCCUGGGUCUGUUUGUUCCUCCGUUAUCCAGCACCGCCG